AUGGCACGUCAAUCCGCGAUGUUCAAUACCAGAGCCGUGGCAGCCCUUCGUCAUCCAGAUCUGAGCGAUCGAUCCCUGGAGAGCUUCGAGCAACAGAAAGCCCAAAUACCGAAACGGAAAGCAAAGAAGAGGUCGUACAGGUCUCGAAAAAUUGCGGAGACUCCUGGAUCGCGAAGCAUUCUCUGUCUGCUCGCUUCUCUACUGCUGGCCGCGCUAGUCGCAACCUGUGAGUUCAAAAUAUUCGCUGUUCUCAGCAUCCAGAUCCUAACUCGGUGCAGAUGUAUCAAUUGCGACAACAGAGACAGACUUGUCGACUACCUUCCAUGUCAUGUUUAUCUUUGGAAUUUGCUUGGCGACCAUUGUCUUCGCGCAUUCGGUGAUCCGAUUAUUCAUCGUUGGCAGGCGAUCGCCCAACAGACCGUUGUUCGUGGCAGUUUCAGCACCCGGUCAUCAGCGCAGACACCACGGACACCACCGUCAUCAUUGUCAGAGGCAUCCGCGGUUGCGCCGUGUACCGAACUUUCCAGAUGACCAAGAUGCUUUCGUGCCUCCAACGCCAAUACAGGUCCACCUAUCCUCUGACGACAUUAGAGAAGAUCGCAGCGUUCCAGUCAACACCACAGCAAGCGGAAGACCAGGAAGUGGAGAGUGGGACAAGGAUGUCCGGACAGUGCCAAACCCGCCUCCCGCUUAUGGGCGCUGGCGAGACAGCGUGAGAGCCAAUCCAGAUCUGCUGCACCUACAGCCAGUCGUUUCGCCGAUCUCCCCAGAUACGCCAACACUACCAUCGCCAACAUACGACGAGGCCAUGGCCGCAGCUCAGAACGAGACACCAGGAAACCCACCCAGUUACAUGACGCGAGAAAGUCCAGCGCGGCAGAGAGACAUGCGAGAAGCGCGAGCUGGCCUUGCGCAACCGCAGGCUGUAGAGCCGGAGAUGAUGGAGGUGAGGGGUGCCCAUGUCGGCCUUGCCAUGUAG